GGACCGGCGAAGCCAUUCUUUCAGGAGAUAUGCUCAGCAUUUGCCACGGGCCAGCUGCUGUUCCAGGUCGUGGGUUAGGGCCCGGCACCAGGAAGGGCGCCCCUCCCACAGGGCCGACAUCCUAACCGGCGUCGCUGCGGCCGCGGAGCUGGGAAGGCCGAGGGCGCCGGGCACGUCUGUGCAGAUUUCUUUAGAGUCCAGGUCUGUCGCCCGCGUCUUCGUCGGUGGCAGCAGGGCUGACUGGCCACGGCGGCCAUCUGCUAGAGCGCAUUUCUUCCCAUGAAACGCCACCUCCUCCGAAGUGCGGAGCGAACGCAGCCAAAUCUACACAAAGACUGACAAGCUGGAUCCACUCGACGGAACCCAGGGCCAAAAAACGGCGGCGAGCAGCGCCUCGGGCCCGCGAUUACCGGUUUUCUGAGCACCGGACAGCGUGAGCCGUGCCAGCCCUGUCUCGCCAUCCCAGCCGAGGAGGGCAGCGCGAUGGCUCUUCCCUGUCUUGAAAUCAACCCCAUUGCCAGCCGCUUUCGCCAGCAGAGCAUUUUCCGUGGGGUCCAUCCGGCUCCACGGCGGCCUGCGCUGGCCACGUGGAAAGAAACACGCCCACUGCCUACAGGCCACGCCCUUCCUCGCUUCGCGCAUGCGCCCCACCCGUCCUGAGGACCUCCGAACCUGCAGGGGGCGAUGAAAGUAGGCUUGCGCUCCGCUUGUAGCUGCUUCCGGGUCAGAGGUCAGACGGUCUAGCGCUGCGUGGGCCAUGGUGCAGCUCCGACCGCGCGCGUCUCGCGCCCCGGCGUCGGCAGAGGCGAUGGUGGACGAGGGCCAGCUGGCCUCGGAGGAGGAGGAGGCGGAGCACGGGCUGUUGCUCGGGCAGCCCAGCAGCGGCGCGGCCGCCGAGCCCCUGGAGGAAGACGAGGAAGGGGACGAUGAGUUUGACGAUGAGGCCCCGGAGGAGCUGACUUUCGCCAGCGCCCAGGCGGAAGCGAGAGAAGAGGAGCGGCGAGUGCGGGAGACCGUGCGCAGGGAUAAAACGCUCCUGAAGGAGAAGAGGAAGCGACGCGAGGAGCUGUUCAUCGAACAGAAGAAAAGAAAACUCCUUCCAGACACUAUUUUGGAGAAGUUAACCACAGCUUCACAGACUAACAUCAAGAAAUCGCCAGGAAAGGUGAAAGAAGUUAAUUUGCAAAAGAAAAAUGAAGACUGUGAAAAAGGAAAUGACUCCAAGAAAGUUAAAGUACAAAAAGUACAGUCUGUCAGCCAGAAUAAAAGCUACUUGGCCGUAAGGCUAAAAGACCAAGAUCUGAGAGAUUCAAGGCAACAAGCAGCACAAGCCUUCAUACAUAAUUCAUUAUAUGGGCCAGGAACCAACAGGACUACUGUAAAUAAGUUCCUGUCUCUUGCCAACAAGAGGUUACCAGUGAAAAGAGCUGCUGUCCAGUUUUUGAAUAAUGCUUGGGGAAUCCAGAAAAAACAAAAUGCCAAGAGGUUUAAAAGACGGUGGAUGGUCAGAAAGAUGAAAACUAAGAAGUAAAUCAAUGCUAAAUGAAGAAUCUGUACUUUGUAUGUAUAGAAUUUAUCUAAUAAAUCAUUCAUAGAUCA